UUAUAAAGGACUAACCCAUCGACACAGAGCAUUUCCAGAUCAAAUCUAAACCUUAUACGAUUUUAUUUAACUGAAAGACCUGAUAGCACCAGUUUCCUGAACUGACCUCACCACAACAUGGACGAUUCACACUGUCAUCCUUUUUAAACGGCUCAAUUAGUAUAAUCCCGAGGGUUGACCACCGCGAAUAAGGCAGCUUCUCCAAAGGAAUACUUUUGUUUCGUGUCUUCUCCUGCGUGUUUAAACGUGACAGCUCUAAUUAACCCAAUAACUUGGGGCGAUUGGCUAGAAACCUUAACUUUACUUUUAAUUGAAGGUUUCAUGUGUUAAGGUCAGGGGAAUGGCUGUACCGCCAACCCCGCUGCUGAAUGGGAGAUGACUUGAUACCCGGUGUAUGUAUCCACGCUUUCUUUGCAAACUGCUCUUCUGUUAUGUUUGAGAUAUCCAGUUAUUUGGCUUAUGGUGCAUCGCAUUUCCUUUGAAGAGUUCAUGGUUGGAUUUGAACUCGUAGCGUUGAACUACCGACAUGGACGCGGGGAAAAAAGAUGCCGCCAACGAGGGAGAUGGCGGGAAGUCGGACACCCUGGGCUCCAGCGGCUCGGCCAGGAAGAGGGGCGGGGGGGCCAAGAAGGCCAUCCAGGCCAACAAGUCGGCCCUCAGGGCCCCCCGAGCCCUCUGCUGCCUCACCCUCAGCAACCCCAUCCGCAUGGCCGCCCUGGCCCUCGUCGAAUGGAAAUAUCCUGUGGGCUGCGUGCGUUCAUUUGGGCGUUGUUUACGUAGGCAAUUUACUUAUGCAUUUUUUUUGUUGUCAUAUUUGUUGAAAUUCUCUUAACAUCCCAACACCAAGCAAUGAAUCAAAUGCUUUGACCUGAUUAGAAAAAUCUGGUAUCUUUGGUUGUCAUAGGCCGGUAAUAAACCCGUCCAGUCAUUUAGUUUGGCCCGAAUUAAAUGAACUC